GUGCCGAAAGGCAGUCUGGUGGCCAUUGUCGGCCAGGUUGGAUCAGGCAAAAGCUCACUCCUUUCCGCCAUGCUCGGCGACAUGGAGAAGGUGGGCGGAAGUGUCAACGUGGCCCGAGGCAGCAGCAUCGCCUACGUGGCGCAGCAGGCGUGGAUCAGGAAUGCCACCCUGCGGGAUAACGUCCUCUUUGGAAGUGCCCUCCAGUCGGCCCGCUAUCAGCGGGUAAUUGAGAUGUGCGCCCUGAAGCCCGAUCUGGCCAUUCUGCCCGGCGGAGACCAGGUGGAGAUUGGCGAGAAGGGCAUCAACCUGAGUGGAGGCCAAAAGCAGCGAGUGGCAAUUGCCCGUGCCUGCUACGAUACCGCCGAUGUGGUCCUUCUUGAUGACCCACUCUCUGCGGUGGACUCUCACGUGGCCAAGCAUCUUUUUGCUCAUGUGUUGAGCAGCAAAACGGGAUUCCUCAAAGACCGGACCCGGGUGCUGGCCACCAAUAACAUUUCCAUUCUGCCUGAGGUAGAUCGAAUCGUCGUGCUGUCGACCAGUGGAACCAUCUCCGAGGUGGGCAGCUACCGAGAGCUGAUGGCCAACUCGGGCAAGUUUGCCGAGUUUGUCCGCGAGCACAACAGCGAGGACCUGAACAAGAAGGAGGCCGAAGAGGAGCGGGAGAGGGAGAAAGCUCUGAGGGAGAAGUUUGCCCGGUCGACUUCGGUCAUCUCCACGGCAUCUUCCACCGCAUCUUCAGUGCACAAACGAAAGCUGACCAUCAACGGGACACUUCGAUCUUUGGACGGUUUUGAUGGGGAUUCUGCAAUGGUCGAACUGGGUGAAGCCGACUCGAGCUCAGCCAGCAAGAAGCUAAUUCAAACCGAGCUGGCGGAGACGGGCGGCUACAUUACCUAUUUUAAAUCGUACACCUGGACCUGGUGUGCCAUCAUUCUGCUGGGCUUUGUCGCCAAGCAGCUGGCCGCCGUGGGCAGCAAUGUCUGGCUGGCAGUUUGGAGUAAUGAUAAACUGCACGGGGGCAACGGAACCGAGCAGAAUGAUGAGGAUUUGGCGCUGAGGAACGUUCGGCUGGGCGUCUACGCCGCCCUUGGUGUCACUCAAGGAAUUUGCGUCGCAGUGGGCUCCAUCUCGUUAGCCAUCGCCACCAUCAAGUCCUCGGUUACCUUUCACAGGCGACUCUUCGACCGGAUCAUGCGCUCGCCGAUGAGGUUUUUCGAUACUACACCGCUGGGACGCAUUGUGAACCGCUUCAGCAAGGACAUUGACACGGUGGACACCGCCAUUCCUUACAGUAUUGAAGGCCUCGUCUUUUGCCUGCUCGAGGUGGUGGCCACCAUCAUCUACAUCGCCGUACAAGUGCCUGUCUUCCUCGCCGCUGUCCUCCCCACGCUGAUUCUCUACUACUUUAUACAAAAGUUCUACCUGGCCACUUCUCGUCAACUAAAGCGAUUAGAGUCAAUCACCCGAUCGCCCAUCUACUCUCACUUUGGGGAAACGCUGAGCGGCGUGGCCACCAUUCGAGCCUACGGGCUGGGGGAUUCCUUCACCGGCCAGUCGAAUGCCCACGUCGACACCAACCAGCGGUGCUACUACCCCAACUUUAUUGCCAAUCGCUGGCUGGCACUGCGGCUGGAAUUUUGCGGCAACCUAAUUAUCAUCUUCGCCGCCAUCUUCGCCGUCAUCUACCGGGAGUCCUUCCAGGAGCGGCCUGGCUUUGUGGGCCUCAUCAUUACCUACUCCUUCACGGUGACGCUCAAUCUCAACUGGAUGGUCCGCAUGACCUCGGAGAUGGAGACGAAUGUGGUCAGUGUGGAGCGGAUCAGCGAGUACUGCCAGCUGGAGGUGGAGCGGGAGUGGAGGAGGCCGGAGAAUCGGGAUCCAGUACUUCCGGUCGGGUGGCCCAGAGAGGGAGAGAUUAGCUUCGUUGAUUACUCGGUUCGGUAUCGUGAGGGCCUGGACCUGGUGCUCUCCGAUGUCUCCGUUGAUAUUGGCGCCGGUGAGAAGAUUGGCAUUGUCGGGCGGACUGGUAGUGGAAAAUCGACGCUAACUUUGGCCCUUUUUCGCAUUCUUGAGGCCGCCUUUGGCUGCAUCAAAAUUGACGGCGUUGAGGUGGGAAGGCUGGGACUGCACGAGCUGCGGGGAAUUCUGUCCAUCAUUCCUCAAGAUCCGGUCCUCUUUUCCGGCACCAUCCGCUCCAAUUUGGACCCAUUCUCUGUGUACAGCGACGCCCAACUUUGGGAAGCCCUCGGGCACGCCCACCUGGCCGAGUACAUUCGCUCGCUGGACGCCGGUUUGGAGUACGUGGUAGCGGAGAACGGCGAAAACCUUAGCAUUGGCCAGCGCCAGCUGAUCUGCCUGGCGAGGGCACUUCUGCGGAGGACGAAAAUUCUGGUUCUGGAUGAGGCGACGGCAGCCAUCGACCUCGAAACUGACGCCCUGAUUCAGGAGACAAUUCGCCGGGAGUUUGCCCACUGUACAGUGCUCACCAUUGCCCACCGGCUGAACACCAUUCUCGACAGUACUCGAGUGCUGGUGAUGGACGCCGGAAGGGUGCUCGAAUUUGACACUCCUGAGGCACUGCUGGCAAAUACUGACAGCAGCUUCUACUCACUGGCCAAGGAUGCAGGGCUCGUGUAG